UGCGGCAAGUCGCCCUCGGCGCAGGCGCAGAGGCCGAAGCAGGCGCAGGCGCAGGCGCAGGCGCGGGCGCGCUCUCCCAGCAGCCCGCGCUCCCUGACCCCGAGCCGCCGAGCGCCCUGAGAACUCAGCGGAAGGUGGGCGCCGCCGAGGCCUCCUGCUGCCGGCGGGUUUCCGCGGAGUGCCGCCCGGCUCCGCGCUGCCGCCGCCGCGGCUCAUGGGCAGAGUCGGCCGGGCGGGCCGGCAUUAAACUGAAGAAAAGAUGUCCCUGUACGAUGACCUAGGAGUGGAGACCAGUGACUCAAAAACAGAAGGCUGGUCCAAAAACUUCAAACUUCUGCAGUCUCAGCUUCAGGUGAAGAAGGCAGCUCUCACUCAGGCAAAGAGCCAAAGGACGAAACAAAGUACAGUCCUCGCCCCAGUCAUUGACCUGAAGCGAGGUGGCUCCUCAGAUGACCGGCAAAUUGUGGACACUCCACCGCAUGUAGCAGCUGGGCUGAAGGACCCUGUUCCCAGUGGGUUUUCUGCAGGGGAAGUUCUGAUUCCCUUAGCUGAUGAAUAUGACCCUAUGUUUCCUAAUGAUUAUGAGAAAGUAGUGAAGCGCCAAAGAGAGGAACGACAGAGACAGCGGGAGCUGGAAAGACAAAAGGAAAUAGAAGAAAGGGAAAAAAGGCGUAAAGACAGACAUGAAGCAAGUGGGUUUGCAAGGAGACCAGAUCCAGAUUCUGAUGAAGAUGAAGAUUAUGAGCGAGAGAGGAGGAAAAGAAGUAUGGGCGGAGCUGCCAUUGCCCCACCCACUUCUCUGGUAGAGAAAGACAAAGAGUUACCCCGAGAUUUUCCUUAUGAAGAGGAUUCAAGACCUCGAUCACAGUCUUCCAAAGCAGCCAUUCCUCCUCCAGUGUACGAGGAACAAGACAGACCGAGAUCUCCAACCGGACCUAGCAACUCCUUCCUCGCUAAUAUGGGGGGUACGGUGGCGCACAAGAUCAUGCAGAAGUACGGCUUCCGGGAGGGCCAGGGUCUGGGGAAGCACGAGCAGGGCCUGAGCACUGCCUUGUCAGUGGAGAAGACCAGCAAGCGUGGCGGCAAGAUCAUCGUGGGCGACGCCACAGAGAAAGAUGCAUCCAAGAAGUCAGAUUCAAAUCCGCUGACUGAAAUACUUAAGUGUCCUACUAAAGUGGUCCUACUAAGGAACAUGGUUGGUGCAGGAGAGGUGGAUGAAGACUUGGAAGUUGAAACCAAGGAAGAAUGUGAAAAAUAUGGCAAAGUUGGAAAAUGUGUGAUAUUUGAAAUUCCUGGUGCCCCUGAUGAUGAAGCAGUACGGAUAUUUUUAGAAUUUGAGAGAGUUGAAUCAGCAAUUAAAGCGGUUGUUGACUUGAAUGGGAGGUAUUUUGGUGGACGGGUGGUAAAAGCAUGUUUCUACAAUUUGGACAAAUUCAGGGUCUUGGAUUUGGCAGAACAAGUUUGAUUUUAAGAACUAGAGCACGAGUCAUCUCCGGUGAUCCUUAAGUGAACUGCAGGCUGAGAAAAGAAGGAAAAAGGUCACAGCCUCAUGGCUGUUGCAUACCAAGACUCUUGGAAGGACUUCUAAGAUAUAUGUUGAUUGAUCCCUUUUUUAUUUUGUGGUUUUUUAAUAUAGUAUAAAAAUCCUUUUAAAAAAACAACAA